CAAUGAGUUAUUUUUAAUUCUCUUUUGUUGUUUCUUUAGAGACAAAUGAAUGGCGAGUCGCUAGUUGAGUCUCAUGGCAGACCGCAUACAGGAACAAAGACGUUGAGGAGAUGUAAUGAUGGUCUAGGAGCUGAUCAUGUUAUUCUGAUUGAUGUCGAGCUGACUGAAAGUUUUAGUAAUGUUAGUUUUAUUGAUGUGCCCGAAUCGAAACCCAAAAGUUGGUCUCCUUUCGGGAACAUAAUCCUCAUCGAUGACGAUGAUGUAAGCAAUGAGAAUGAAUAUUCUGAAUUUGGUGCGGACGAUGACCACCGCUUCUUUCAUGACCCGUCCCCUAGCAUGAGAUCAUGCUCAACCUCGAAAAGUGCUAAAGAACUUCGAGAUGAAAUUGAUGAUGAUUGUCAGUUUGUUGGAGAAAAUGUUAUUCCUCCGAUGAAGUUAUCAAAAUGCAAAAGAACUUACUCUGGAAAAGUUCCUGUCCAAAAUCGCCAUGGUUUGAUGUCUGAUGAUGUGAAUGGUAGUGUGGACGGUCGUGUUGAGAACUGUAUUACCACCCAAAGAGAAAGGAUCAAGGAGACCUCCAAAUACAAAAAGGCACUAGAGGAAGAAUUGAUGUCUAGGCAACGAGCGUUGGCGAUUCAGGCAGAAGAAGCCAAGAAGUUGAAGCUGAUGCUUAGAAGAAAGAAGGCUGAAAGUAGACGUUUAUUAGAAAUGGAGGAGAGACAAAAGCAACGUGUGGCGGAAAUGAGAGAAACUCAAAGGAAGGACCUAGAGAAUAUGAACUUGAAGGAGCCGAUGAAAGCCGAAGUUCAGAAGGAACUCAGUAAGCUUGAACUGACAUGCCAUGAUAUGGCCUCCGUGUUGCGAGGAUUGGGUAUCAAUGUUGGUGAUGGCACUAGUCAUGAGGUGCGUGUUGCUUACAAAAAAGCGGUGCUGAAAUUUCAUCUGGAUAGAGCUUCACAAUCUGAUAUACGACAGCAAGUUGAAGCCGAGGAGAAAUUUUAGCUUAUUUCUCGAAUGAAGUACAAAUACUUACCAACUUUAUGACAGUAAAAUAGGAUAUAACUGUAGUUUAUUCUCACGAAAAAGAUUAUUAUAUUUUAGG